UAUUUCCAUGGUAACCAGUGGCCAAGGCGGGAGGGAGGAUACUGGUCAUGCAGCACAGGGGGCGGGUGUUACAUCCACUUGUUUCCUGCUUCGUUUAAACUGUCUUCAUCUCUCAAACAGCCACAGAUGUGUUGGUUGUCCCAAGAGAGAACCUCUCAGUGUUCAAAACAGCCUUUUGACUGGAGCCGUGAGUCUGUCCCGUUCAGGAGAACCUUGUGGAUUUGACAUAUCUUCAGACUACAAGAGUUUCCCGUAAUUCUACCAGAGGAUCCAUGUGGGUGGUGGAGAAGAUCCGAGUGUCGGUCGAGAGAUCUAACCUGCCUUUCCCGUCAGCAGAACUCAGCUUUAAAAUCGGUGACAUCAUGUUUGGAGAAAACCCCCCAAAAAACAAAAGGAUUUCUCUGUGUCCUAAUGUCAUCACCCCCGACAACAUCCCAGAGUUCUGCAUCCCCCCCACGUUCCCAUCCCUGCAGGAGAUGAAGAGCCCGGACCCGAGCCGAGCAUCUCGCCUUAUCAAGGGGUCUCCCAGCGAGAGGCCUAGCCCAGAAAUAGAGGUGACUCGUUAUGAGCCCAGGAACCCACACAUUAUCCAGGUGGAGAGUGUGGACGAAAGCCCCUAUGACGGCUGCAGUGAUGAGGAGACCACCAAUGCAGAUCCCCAAAGCCAGGCUGCCUUGUCCCUUCCACACAUGGCCAAAGCUCAGACCUGCUAUGGCUUCUGCACCUUACUGGAGAGCCCCCACACCAGGAGAAAGGAGUCCCUCUUCCACUCGGAUCCUGGCUCCUCUCCCCUGCUGCUGCCGAGGAGUCGAUCCGCCGCGUGCUCCAAAGUCUCCCGCUCCAACUCGCCCUCCACCUCACCUUCCUCGUACAGCCUUAGCAGCAUGACCUCCAGGCUUUCCCCGAGGGGAUACACCCUGAACUGGCAAGCCACGCUGGACAGCGACACCGCUUCCUCCGCUGAGUCCUCUCCUUUCAGCUCGCCCCUGCUGACCAGGUGCCCUGCCAAGUCUUCCCUCUUCAAAGCGCUGAGCCAUGAACUGCUGUUGUCAAGGAACAUGAGGAAGGCAAUGGUGUCCAGGAACAAUUCCCUGUCCACAGAUGAAGGCAGCUCCACAGACAAUAGCCCCAAUGUCAUGAGGAGGGCAUCAGACGGGUUAGCUGAAGGCCCGCCGAGCAGCAGCUGCAGCCUCGCGCCGCCCAACAUUUUCCCCACGGACAUGACUCUGCACAGAGAGAGAGUAAUGAAGGAGAGAAUGGCACCCAUAGGAAAAGAUGGCAGCCUGAGACUCUCAGCAGAGUACUGCACGGAUAACCAAAGACUACGGGUCCGGCUGAUCAGCGCGGAAGGCCUCUAUCCACUCUCUGUGGACCCCAAGAUCAUCAACUGCAGCGUCAGCCUCUCUCUGGUCCCCGGGAAAGUCCAAAAGCAACGCAGCACGGUGAUCAGAAAGAGCCGUAAUCCGAUCUUCAACGAGGACUUCUUCUUCGAUGGCAUAUCAGAGGAAGACAUCUGCCAGCUGUCCCUUCGCUUUAAAGUGAUGAAUAAAAUGUCCACCCUGAAAAGAGAUUAUCUCCUGGGUGACUGUGAUUUGCCUCUUUCUAGCAUUGUGACAUCAUAGACCUAAGCACUUCCUUAAAGUCUUAUUUAUGUGUUGAAUUAUUUAUUUUCAUUUUUGUACUGUAAAACAGAAUUUUUAUAAUGAUUAAAUUAUGGAAAGCA